AUGGCAGCCAUUUUACGAACGUCUGAAAAACGUAUAUUAUCUGCCCAAGAUGUCGAGGAUGAUACCGGAGAUAGUAUUGGACGAGAAAUAUCAUCUUUGGAGCGUUUAGUAGCUACCGCAAUGACUGAUAUCGCAUCAGAAAUAAACAAGAAAUAUGUGGAGUGUAUCCCUGAUUUGGUUACAACUAAUAAAUUGCUGGAUACUAUUCGUUCCACCUGUAGUACCGUAAACCAUUCAAUCAACUCUAUUGUUAACAAUGUAGAAAAUAUAGCGAAAGAAGUUGAAUUGAAUAAAAAGGAACUGGAAAGAUUAGGAUCUAUAAAAGACUGGAAAUUGAAAAUGCAUUCCUUAGAAGAAAUUGAAUCGUUGAUAUGUCAAUUAUCGUACUCGUCAAAUGAAGAAAACCCUUUGGUCAACGCAAAACUGCUUGUGGAACUGGAAGCAAAAUUAAAAGACAUCUUACAGGAGAAUGAGACUGUUGAUAAAGCAUUCACAGAGCGCAUUGGUCCAGCAUUAAAGACAGAAAUUGUGAUGCUGCGACAAAGUUUGACCUAUAUGUUGAACACUUUCUGGGAUCAAAUGUUUUCUUUACGAGAGCUCAAUAAUAAAGUUAUUUUGCAGUUGACAGCAUCUAGUUGUGAUGUUUUGAACGAAAAACUUUCUGCUAUGGAUGUUUUAAAUUUAAUUGAUGUGAAAGUUGGGAAACUCUCAUCUAUUCUCAUGCAUCAUUUUUGUAAGAGAUUGAUUGCUGCAAAAGACCCUACAGAAAUUAUUAUUUGUCGUGAUGGUACUACUUCCUCGCAGCACGAAUAUGUGGUACGUAAGGAAGCACCGGUAGAAGAUGGAAAGAGAAAAUGCUCUGACCCAGAAAAAGUUCUUUGUGCAAUGCUGGAGUUAUUCAAAAAUCUAGGCAGAAAUCUCGGUGCAAUGAAGGCAAAUGGAAAAAAUAUAGUGCAACUGAUUGGUGAUAAAAUAUCAAACGAAAUCGUUGAAUCGUUAGUCCGUGAAUGCCUUACACCUGCUAUUCCCUAUGAUUCAAAAGAUAUGCCUGCAUUUGAGGCUCUUUUGGCAUCAACAGAUCAAUUUGGUGAAGAGAUGAAGAAACUAGGAUUUUUCACAAAUUCAACUAAGUCUUUCCGUGAAUUUGCUGAAAAUUACGAAAGCACGUUCAUUAAUCGACGGUGCAGCAAGAUUAUUGGCGAAGCACGAAACCUUAUUGAAGCGCCAUUAACAGAAUUUGUUUCAGUUGGUAGCAGUUCGAACACGGAUGACGAUGAAACUGUUGAAGAAUUUGUUAAACUUGGAUUACGCAAACCAGAGGAAACUGAUGAAAAUGAGGAACAUUAUCCAAAAUUGAUGCGGUUGGUGAGCUGUCAAGUGAGUAAAACAGCUAUCGACAUAACAGAUUUAAUAAUAAGAACUUUGGAUGAUGCAGCAAAAGCAGAUUCUGCUUCAGCAAUGGCUAAGAUUUUACAAACUGCCCGUAAUAUAAUUGAACUUUAUGCGUGGACAGCACCCCGAAAACAUGAUUCAGAAAUCUCUAUGGUCCCUAUUUUGGCAGCAAUAUUUUACAACAAUUGUUAUUAUAUAUGUCAUCGAUUAAUGAUUAUAACGGUCGAAAUAUUGCCGAAAAUACGCGAUGUUAUGCAGGCUAAAAAUCUAUCCAUUUCCUUCACGGAUUUCAUUCCAAAUCUUCGUCAAAUUGCUGCGGAAUCAAUGGAAAAACAAUUAGCACAAUGUCGUCGUCAGAUUUCCACUCUAUUGGCGAAUGAUAAAAUUUUUUUUGGCUUGGAUGACGUUUCACAAUAUGAAAAAUGCAUGAAAUGUUUGGAUGGAUGUAUGAUCAAUUUAGAGCAAAUUUCUGGUAUUUGGAGAAAGGUUCUAACGAAAACAGUUUAUGCAAACUGUGUUGGCAAUAUCAUUUCUUUUUUCUUCAAUGCAUUGGUCAAAAUGUUGAUGUCUACGGAAGAUAUUCGAGCAACUGAUGCUGAACUAAGUGCUAUAGCGCUGAGGAAGGUUUUGAAGAGAUCGGAGAUGUUAUUUGUUAUUGAACAGUCAAAGCAUUCUUCUAUCCACAGAUAUGCCGAAGUUUCAUAUUUCCGCAUUAAGGAGUUAUUGUUUUGCCUGGACUCAUCUUUACAGAAUAUUUAUGAUCGAUGGUGUGAUGGAAAAGGACCUCUGGCGCAGUGGUUACAUGCAGAUGAAGUGCGUCAUUUGGUGAAAGCUUUGUUCCAGAAUACUGAAAAAAGGGCUCAAUUUAUUGUGAAUUGGAAGAAUUUUGCUACAACACAAACUGAUCCGAUUCCUUCCUACCGGAUAAAACCAUUGGAAAAAAUCCGGAAUAUAGGCAUAUCUGCUCAUAUUGACUCUGGCAAGACUACUGUUACGGAAAGAAUUCUAUACUAUGCCGGUCGGAUUAAGGAAAUGCACGAAGUGAGAGGAAAAGAUGAGGUUGGAGCAACAAUGGAUUUUAUGGAUUUGGAAAGGGAACGAGGAAUUACCAUCCAGUCAGCUGCAACUUAUGUUGAUUGGAAUGGUGUAAAUAUCAACAUUAUUGACACUCCAGGACAUGUUGAUUUCACGGUGGAAGUUGAGCGAGCUUUACGUGUGCUGGAUGGCGCUGUGUUAGUACUGUGUGGGGUUGGAGGAGUACAAAGCCAGACAUUUACCGUGAAUCGACAAUUAAGACGCUACAAUGUGCCAUUUAUUACGUUUGUCAACAAAAUGGAUCGAGUUGGUGCAAAUCCGUUCAAAGCGUUAAGCGACAUGCGAACAAAGUUGAAGCAUAAUGCAGCUUUACUGCAAAUCCCAAUCGGAAAAGAACAUGAUUUCAAGGGCAUCGUAGAUCUCAUCGAAGAACAAGCAGUGUAUAGCGAAGAUUUUUAUGGAAAUACGUUAAGAAAGGAUGAAAUACCGGCUGAACUACGGACACAAGCAAAAGAUAUGCGUCAAGAAUUAAUAGAACAUCUUGCAAAUGGCGAUGACCUUAUUGCGGAACAGUGGCUUGGUGAUGUUUCACCAACUCCAUCUCAGAUUCAUCAGGCUGUUCGUCGAGCUACAAUCAAGAGAACCUUUGUACCUAUGUUUGUUGGCACUGCAUUAAAAAAUAAAGGCGUUCAAUCGAUGAUCGACGCUAUUGUUCAGUAUUUGCCCAAUCCGUCGGAAGUGGUGAAUCGAGCUUCAAUCUUAAAUAAAAUGACCGGGAAAGAGGAAAAAAUUGUGCUGAAUCCAGAGCGCGGUAAUAGUCAUCCCUUUGUUGGUCUUGCAUUCAAACUAGAGGCUGGAAAAUUCGGGCAACUAACUUAUUUUCGUAUAUAUCAAGGACAGUUGUGUCGUGGUGAUACAAUUUACGCUUCAAAAGAUGGCAGGAAAGUACGCGUACAAAAAUUAGUACGAAUACAUGCUAAUUCAUUGCAGGAAAUCGACACUGCAUUUGCUGGUGAUAUUUGCGCCACGUAUGGUCUAGAAUGUUUUUCGGGUGAAACAUUCUGUGGCGAGAGUGAUUACGAAGUCUACUGCGAAUCAAUGCACAUUCCGGAACCAGUAAUUUCAAUGUCUAUUCGAUGUAUAAACAAUAAAGAUGGCGAGAAAUUCAUGAAAGCUUUAAAUCGUUUUACUAAAGAAGAUCCAACAUUCCGUAAGGAAUAUAAUACAGAGGCGCGAGAAACCGUAGUUUCUGGAAUGGGCGAAUUGCAUUUGGAAAUCUAUUCUCAACGCAUGAAAAACGAGUUUAAUUGUCCUGUUGUACUGGGCGCACCAACGGUUGCUUAUCGUGAAACUCUUGCGAAGCCAUACAAAUUUUAUUAUCGGCAUAAAAAGCAAACUGGAGGUCAGGGGCAGUUUGGAGAAAUUGAGGGAGUAAUGGAACCGCUGCCACCGAAUCGGAACAUGGAAGUUGAAUUUGCUGAUGAAACAAUUGGAAGCAACAUACCUAAGCAACUUGUUGUUCCGCUAAAGAAAGGCUUCAAUCUGAUGUUGGAUGAAGGUCCAUUGAUUCAUGCCAAAAUUGCCGGAAUAAAAAUGCGGCUUCAGGAUGGUAAAACACAUGAAGUUGAUUCAACUGAUAUUGCCAUGAUAAAUACCAUGCAGAAUAUGAUGAGAGAAGCAUUUUUGAAAGCUGAGUGGAAAUUGUUGGAGCCUAUAAUGAAAGUGGAUAUAACUAUUCCAGAGGAGUUUCAGAAUUCAAUAUCGAGUACGCUGUCAUCGGGUUCUAUCCUGUUGGAUUCAUCGCUUUCCGGUGAUUAUUUAACGCUUACAUGUGAAGCUCCUCUAAGAACAAUGUUCGGUUACUCGACGAAGUUGCGAACAAUGACAAAGGGGAAAGGAGAAUAUGUGAUGGAAUUUGCCAGGUAUGCGCCAUUGGCUCAGGAUAUCCAACAACAAGUUAUAGGAGAGUGGAAAGAAGCGCAAGAAGCGGGUGAAAAGGGAAGUGAAAGAAAAAAGAAAAAAUAA